AUGAAUCCCCCAGAUCCGUCGCCGAGGACACCGCCCGUAAAGCGGAGCUCGGCGGCCUGCAUCCAUUGUUCAGACCGGAAAGUCAGGUGUGACAAACAGACUCCGUGCAGUACAUGCACCAGACACAAUGUGCAAUGCAUAUUUCCCCCGCCGAAGACGAAGCCCCUUAGAACAAAACGAAAAUGGGUUCAUAUCGACGAGUUUGACGAAUUAGAGAAUCGAUACGAAGCAUUGCUCCGGGAGAAAGGCAUCGACACCACCGACGCCAACCAAAUUGACGUCACUGACCCUUUGCAAUAUGGGCAUCCUUCCACAAGCAGUGGCUCGGAUGUAUCUCGAACCAAUGGGCUAUUUACAGCAUCCGACUUAACUGUUUCGGGGUCACAGAGAACAUUCUUCAAGCCCCAGCUGUUACAAGGGCAAGGAGGUACAAAACUGGUGCACAACAGCUUGUGGUCUCGGGUGGCACAGGAGAUCCACGACGCAGAGGAUGCAUUUGAAGACGAUUCAGCGGCCAGUUCUAGUGAUGGCGGGUCACCGAAAGAUGACUUUACCUAUGUCCUAGGCUGUAACGCACCAGCUACUGCAUCCUUGCACCCUCCUUCACAAUCCAUUGAUCGGCUAUGGCAAAUUUUCAUUGAAAACGUCAACCCUCUCACGAAAAUCGUGCACGUACCAAGUUUGCAGUUCGCCAUAGAGAAAGCAACCAACAAUAUCGAGCACAUCCCAAAAGGAUUCGAAGCACUCAUGUUUGCCAUUUAUAGCAUCGCCGUCUUGUCCCUUACAGAAGUUGAAUGCAAAGAAACAUUCGGAGAGACUCGGGCGAUACUGCUUUCCUGUUACGUGGCGGCUACGAAGAGGGCUUUGUUUCGUGCUAAGUUCAUGAGCAGCACUAGCAUUGUGACGCUGCAGGCGCUGGUCCUUCACAUUCUUUCUAUCCGAGACGACUACGAACCGCGUGCUGUGUGGAGCCUCACAGGGGUUGCGCUGCGCGUUGCAGAAGGUAUGGGUAUGAGCCUUGAUGGCACAUUACUCGGUUUGUCACCAUUUGAAACCGAAAUCCGUCGACGGAUCUGGUGGCAGCUUAGGACGCACGACUUUCGUGCAGCAGAGCUAAGUGGCCAGGCCAAAUUUCGAGACUUCGAGGUCAAUGAGACCACCCCUAAGAUGCCUGCGAAUGUUGAUGACAGCGAUCUUUAUCCCGCAAUGUCGCAAGCAGCAGUUGAGUCAACGAGGCCAACGCAGAUGAUAUGGUGCAUGGUGCGGUCGGCGAUGGCUACCUUUGCUGCUGGCCAGACGGCCAAAAUAGCCAAACUCCGCAAGGUCGCUUUUACAUCUGACGAAUACCCUGCCAUGGAUGACUUGGAGCGAAAGGACCAUUUCAUCAAAGGGGUUGAAGACAUGUUGGAGACGAAGUACUUGCGAUUUUGUGACCCUUCUCAGCCCCUUCAACUAAUGGCGCUGGUUGGUGGUCGGACAGCAACAAACCUUGUCCGGUUCAUGGCUCAUCAUCCGCGCAGAUGGGCCUACCAAGACCAUGUGUCCGCAUCAGAACGGCAAUUUGUCUGGGGCAUUGCCACUAGACUCCUGGAGCAGUAUAAUAUGAUGCAGACAGACCUUCAUCUAAGACGCUUCGCCUGGCAUGUACCGUACUUCAUUCAAUGGCACGCUGUCAUCCACGUCUUGGACACACUCCGAACAGAUCCCCUCCACCUAGAGGCCCAGAGUGCCUGGCGCCUCAUUGACACGUUGUUCGAAAACAAUCUUGGUGUAUUGCUGAGCGUCAACAGGCCGAUCGUCGCGGCGGUUGGGAAUCUUUGUCUGAAAGCAUUCACUGUCCGCGAGGACGUUUUGAAGAAGAAGCAGAGAGUUCCGAGUGAGCCGCCCGAAUACAUAACUAAGCUACGCAAACAACGAGAAGCCGCGAAAGUAAGGAGGGCAGAAGAGACCCUGGCAAGCCAGACGCGAGACCAACUGAGCAGCCAAAACGGAUUGAGGACAGCGGACGCACCCUUUGUGACCCAACCGCAGCAGCAUCUGCUAUCAAAGCAGCAGGUAAGCGCCUUUCCAGGAAACGCCCGGAGUGAAGACGAUGCGUUCUGGCUCAGCGACACUCUCGAUGACGGGUCUUCCGCUGAUGGAGCUGUGGACAUGAUGAGCUUGUAUACGGAUGCAAUUUUGGUUCAGGAUUAUUCACUCGGUACUCCCGGCAACGAUGCCAUAGACUGGGAACGAUGGGAUACCUGGUUUGGCCAUCUGGAUCCUCUGCGUCCAACUAUUGCCCCGCAACAAGAGCGACGGAUCAGUAUCCAGAGCCUGGUAUCCAGGUGA